UAUUUUGGUACUGUUAACCAUACUGAAGGCUGGUGUCCUGGAAGCAAAGCGGCUAGUUUCAGUCAGAAUGGUUCUUAUGCCACUGUGCCCAACAUUAACAUAAGAACCUGUGACUUUACAAUUGCAUUUUGGGUAAAGUAUAUUGGUGUUGACGGGCCUAUACUGGCACUUUGGACACAGGGUGGAAAAGUAUUUUAUGUUACAGUCAAGAAGUCCGGUCUUCUUUUAUCGAUAGACAACACUUUCCACUUACAAAUCAGUUACUGGAAUCACGUAGCAGUAACUUGUCAGCUGCAUAAGAUCAAGGUGUUCGUUAAUGGUACGGAGGAGGCACUGAUAGACCAAUGGAAUGAGUAUUUCUUCUCGUCGUUAGGCCGUUACCAGUCAGAGUACAUCAUAGGGAAUGAUCCGGGUUUAGUUCAGAUGCCAAUGGCGAAUGGUGUGUUUGUUGGAGCAGUCAUGGAUCUUUAUGUGACUGGAAUAGCUUUAUCUGCGAAGCAGGUUUCUGAGCUGAGUAAAGGUGAGGGUAGUAUAUAUUCAAGGGUAAGUCGUAUUCUUCCACUGCAGUCUCACAUCCUCAAUAGAGGUCUGUUGAAUGUUAAAAUACGUAUAUUGUUCUUUUACAGUCUUUACUUGACAAUAUAAGGGCAGCUUGGAACUUUUAAAAAACGCAAACUUAAUUUGUUAACGUUAUGCGUGGAAAUGGAUAAUUAAUCGUGGUAAUAUUCUCAUUAUUUAAAGGAAAACCAAUUACACCCGUGCUAAACAAGGAAGAGUCGGAAAUACAUGGUUGCAAAGUCAAUGUAACGUGGAGUAGAAAAGAACUAUGCACCAUAACGAAGACCACUGUACGCUUCAGGGAGAUAAAACCUCAAGGCGAUGAAGCAGAAUGGACAGAAUAUAAUGUUUCUUCAACCGCCUAUUAUCUCUUAUAUCUGGAAUGCGACAAGAGAUAUGAAAUUGCAGUAUCUUCUUGGUUUGGAGAAGUUCAAAGCGAGUGGUCAGUCUCUCGGAAAUUUACAACCACUUUUGCAGGUGAGACGUUACCUCAUGUAAACUGUAUGUCCAAUAGCUGAUAGGAGUUUGGUAUUGAUACUAAACUAUAUCUAUUGCGGCAAACCUCUGCCAGGGUCCAUAAGCGGAGCGAUCACCUCUUUGUACGGAAGCGGAUACCCUCAGAAGCUCCCUAAGAAGCCACGUGGACAACAAAACAAAUCAAGACGGAAAUUUAUCACGAGAAAUCCUUUGAUGUUUUAAUAACAACAACAAACAUAAACAGAUUAACCACCGCAUAUGGGAAAGUAAUCUGUAAUUUUUAUACAUUUAACGAUCGUUCUCCUCCAAUUAGUCUGUCACGACGUUGUAUAUUUACAUUUUUCCAUGGCCAUCUUGACUUUUGGGCCUGCAGUUGGCAAAUUAGCGACGAAGCCAGCAAAAAUUUAACAAUUUAUUUUAUCUAAGCUACUUUCACUAAAAGAGGUGAAAAAGCUUUUAAGAAACGUUUUUUUUUUUUUUUUUUUUUAUCAUUGGGAAAGAGGUUGUAGUGUAGUCAGUCUUAACGGGAAAUGAUUCAUAAUAUACAUUAGACCAGUCUGUUAAAGUUCAGAAAAACUUCUGGGUUGGUAAAUUUUAUUUAUUCGUUUCAAGGUUAUUAAUGAUCAAAGUCAGCCCGGUUACUUGGACACCCAACCCGCCCCACACGACCAACCCCGCCCCCUCCACCCCCUCACCCUUCCCCCAUCUGGCAAAACUAAGCGAGGAGGACAAAACUGAUGUGACAUAAUCACUGUUUUAGACUUUGACUCGUCUAUAUACCGUAAUAAAUACUUGAUUGUUUCCCAGCUUAGGAUUGCUUUCCUCCCCCCACUCUCUAAGGCGUAAGUAGUAAUGGUGUGUUUGAUAGGACUUGUCCUAAAGCAGGAAAACAUUCUGGAUUACUCUGUAAUAAACUUUACAAAAUCUAUCGUUCUGUUUUCAAAGAUGUUGCAAAGAUGGCGAGAUGGAAAAAGCAAUGAUCAACAUUGUUGACAGGAGAUAAUUUUUUUUUUCAACAUUGUUGACAGGAGAUAUAUUAUUAUUUUUUGGUUGAUUGUGUUACAUUUUGUUUCGUUUUAUUUUGUUUAUUUGUUUUAUUUUUCUUUUGUAGAAGAUAUUCUAAAGCAAUAUCUAAAGGACGAAAAUUAUCAUUAUCAUUUUCCAUUUUCCUUGAUAAACAGCAGUUUCGAAAUUAAUAAAAAAAAUCGUUGUCAUGUGUUCAAGUCCUCCAUAAAACGUAAAAUUUGGCAGUUGCACGCCUUGGUCGCACGUGACGGUAAAGCACUGGGAUGUUACUAAACUGGGAACGGAGAGCAGGGAACGAGCAAAGGGGGAUGGGAAAAUGAAAAGUGCGAACAACACAGAGAUUUUGAAACCAAGUUACUGAGAAGGCUAGGGUUGAAAUUAGGUUUUUUUCCCAUUUUUUAUUUUCCCGUUCCUCGUGCUCGUUCCUUGUUUUAGUUACAUUCUAGAGAAAAAUAAAGGCUGUUGCACCCCUCGGGGGGGCGGAGGGGAAGUAAUCCGGAUUUCAAGUGACAGGGAUGAUCAAAUGGGGCCAAGAAAGAAAAAGAAAACAAACCUGGACCGACAUUACCCCCCCGAAAAAGAAAAUCCAGAAAGCAAUAAAUGAUAUAACACCACAAAAAAUCCGUACUUAAAUUAAGCUACCCAAAAAAAUACUUGCCAAAAUUCUCCUACCCAAAAAAAACCCGAAAUCCUUCGAUCAUCCCUGUCAAUUCAGCUCCGGAGUAACCGCCUCUCCCUUUUAUUGCGACAUUCUCCAUUUAUAUAAUAUUGUGAUUGCUACAUAAGUUCAGUAACACCUGUAAACCUGAAGAAGGCUGGUAUGGCCAGCCGAAAGUUUGUUAUGAAAAACAAUAUACGUUGUUUUAAAUCAGCUUUGCAGUAGUCUUUAGACUUCUUGUUCUUCAUUCAAAGUAACAAUGAAAACAAUAAGAAAAAGAUAAAGCUUACACACGAUAUACGUAUUCGUGUCCCAAAAUAAGUUUAAUGGAACGAAUCCUAAGCAGGCCCCCGUGUUUGUUUUGUUAGGAAACCCCGUAUACGGCCGCUGGUUUCUAGACGGUAGUGAUUCAGAUGUAAGGUUAGUAGCGGUUAUACAUAUCUAGUUUGUUCAAUUAAUGUCGGGGGCGGGAGUGGGCGGGCGAGGAAGUGGCGUUGGAUUCUUAUACCUUACCUCUAUUUUCAGACGUCGGUUUUUUUUUUUUUUUCAACCGAUUUUGCGCGAGAACCUCUUCUUUGUUUCUUACUUUUUUCUAACUCUUAAAUAAAAUUUCAGAUCAACCAUUUCAUAUGACAUCCACCACAUCCAGCACAGCUUUAAACUCAGUCAGAUGCAUUUGCAUUUCUGACUGCUACAGGUGGCAUUAUACUCAGCGUUGACCGGUUAAAUUUUUGUCUCAUAACGUAGGAUUAUAUUCCAUUGUAAAAUAGUGCCUUGCAUGUUCCUCUGACAGGUAAUUCUUUUAUUCACAGCUAGAUUCUAUUCAUUGUUUUUUGUGAUCUUACAGGUAUUUUGGUAUCGUUAACCAUACUAAAGGCUGGUGUCCUGGAAGCAAAGCGGCGAGUUUCAGUCAGAAUGGUUCCUAUGCUACUGUGCCCAACAUUAACAUAAAAACCUGUGACUUUACAAUUGCAUUUUGGGUAAAGUGUAAUAGUGUUGACGGGCCUAUACUGGCACUUUGGUCAAAGGGUGGAAAACUAUUUUACGUUACAGUCAAGAAAUCCCGUCUUCUUUUAUCGAUAGACAACACUUUCCACUUACAAAUCAGUUACUGGAAUCACAUAGCAGUAACUUGUCAGCUGCAUAAGAUCAAGGUGUUAGUUAAUGGUACGGAGAGGGCGUUGAUUGACCAAUGGAAUGAGUAUUUCUUCUCAUCGUUAGGCCGUUAUCAGUCAGAGUACAUCAUAGGGAAUUAUCCAGGCUUAGUCCAGAUGCCAAUGACAAAUGGGGUGUUUGUUGGAGCAGUCAUGGAUCUUUAUGUGGCUGGAAUGGCUUUAUCUGCAAAGCAGGUCUCUGACCUGAGUAAAGGUGAGAGUAGUAUCUUUUCGAGGGUAAAUCGUAUUCUUCGAUCCUUAAUUGAGGUCACUUGGAUCUUAAAAAAUUGAAUGUUCUUUUUACACUCUAGGUUUUAAGCUUUUAAAAAUUGUGCUAGACUAAUGUUUUGUCAUAAUUAGUCAUAAUUUUCAUCAAUUUUCCAAAAAUUAUUGUAAUAAUUUGCACUUUUGGCUAGUUUUACAGCUCAACAUUGAUCAUAUUACCACUUAUUUUGGCUCGAGAGCAGAAUUACAGGCAAAUUUACGUCACGAAAUCAAUUUUUUGUCUGCUUAUCGUCACAUUCAUGGGACUUAGUUCCCGCAGGAAUUAAUCAAGAUAAUCAAGAACUCUUUUAACAGGACUCAACGCAUGCGCAUAAUUAGGUCGAUUACUCAAGAUGGCGUCAGCGUGCUGGUCGUUAAUUCAAAUUUCAGUUUUUGCAGUUGUUAGACAGUUUUGUAGGUUUAGUGGUGUACCUUUCAACAUUCAUUUAUCACUGCAAAUACAUCAGUGGAAAUCACUAAGUAAUCGCAGUAUUAUUCUCAUUACAUUACAGAAACGCGCCCAUUCAAAAACGUCGAUCGUGAAAAUGCAAAUAAGUGAAAAAUGACGUUAAUUUAGUGUCAAUCAAGAAAUCCCCUGGGUAUAUCCCUUUCCUGGUUAUUGUUCCUGCUCAGACAUCCGCAACAUUUGCCUAUUCUUUGAUGAAGAAUAGAACUUCACGCGACUAACAAUAGCUCAGUCUGUUUAAAAACUGUCUAAAUUUACUCCGAACUAGCAUGUGACUUUUUGCUGUUAAACGCUUCGAAAUUGAAAAAUCCUCGAUGCUUGUUGUUGAUUUUGCCGUAAAUAAUUCAAUGCACUGACUUAAAAUGAAUUUCUACCUUUUACAAACCUCUUGGUGUUCGAAUCGAUCGAUGAAAUAUGAGCGCAACCGAUGCGUUAAUAGUUUGUUUACAUUUUGUCACGGGUUUUGGAUAAUAUUAUAAGCCUUAAAAUUUACGGGCAAAUUCGACGAGAAAGCACUCUCACUUACAUUCUUCAUUUAAGAUAUUGAUUUUAGCAAACUAUGAGGCCAAAGUAAGAGCGAUACUUUCUUUAAGAACGCUAUAACUACAUUUUUAACGGCCAAACCGAAACAGCGAUCUAAUCCGUCUCUUGAAAACAACUACAAUACCGCUUCUGAUAAUAAUAUUCAUAAACGCUACAAACAUUUUUAUUCAAUCUUAUCGAGUGAUUUUCGAGAAGAUGAGUUUUUAAGUGAAGAAUACUUUGGUUUCUGAUUAGCUUUAACUGUUUUGCCAUCAAAACGAUUCGCACGAGACUACCGAAUUCGCGAGGGUUUUAUGUUAGUGCACGAGGAAGAAAAAUGCUUCUCUUUGCAUAAACAUUUUCUUCUUUGUAGCAAUGACAAAGACAUCCCAACACAUGAAACAAUGGCAACCUACUUCUAUUGUUUCUGCAUUGUCUCUUGAAAGUGUGAGAAUAGUUAACCGCUAUGAAGUUCAUAAGAGACCGAAAACGACGGUAGUCUUUGAAACUUCGUUUUUGCUCGCAAAGCCUAAUGGGUACCCCACUUUUCACGGGCGACGUUUUUCAAUGGGCGCGUUUCUGUAAUGAUUUAAAGGCAAACCAAUUACACCCGUGAUAAACAACGAAGAGUUGGAAAUACAUGGUUGCAAAGUCAAUGUAACGUGGAGUAGAAAAGAAAUAUGCACUAUAACAAAGAGCAGUGUACGCUUUAGGGAGAUAAAGCCACCAGGCAUUGAAGCUGAAUGGACAGAAUAUAGGGUUCCUUCAACCACCUUUCAUCUUUUGUCUCUGGAAUGCGACAAGGGUUAUGAAAUUGGUGUGUCUUCCUGGUUUGGAAAAGUUCAAAGCGACUGGUCAGAUUCUUGGAAAUUUAAAACCCGCUCUACAGGUGCGACAUUACCUUAUGUAUGUUUAAUAAUAGCUGAUAGGUUUUGGUAUUGGCACCAAACCAUAUCCAGUUCAACCUCUGCUUUGGGUCCACAAUAGCUGAGUUCUCAAAUCCCGCCUUUCCGCUAGUUUUUUCUUCUUAAUUCCGCUAUCCCGCCUGUUUUUACGUUCGAAUCCCGAUCCCGCUUAGUCUGCUACACAGCCACAAGGUUUGUGGGGAGGAGCGUUGUAUGACGACACUAAAAACUGCUGUGUAGCAGACUAGAUCCCGCCCUAAUUUUUUUUACGAGUUUCCUGCUUUCAUUAUUGAAAUAUUAAAACGUUAUACAAUGUUUAAGACUUGCUUUCUUGCAAUAGGCAGUUUUGAUGUUUUUAAAUCAAGAGCCUUAAAGGCUCUUGACAUAACCAUUAAUAGCCUGGGAUCAGGCUCCGUAGUGGUGAAAAAAGGCAAAAAACGGGAUCAAUUUUUUCUCCCUUUUUCCCCAAGGCGGAGCCUGGUCCAAGGCUAAACCAUUAACGACUGUAACUUCAUUUUCUGUUUUGCUUAUUGUUAUUUUGGGGGAGCACAUCAGAACAAAAAAGAAGGCUUACUUCGAUCUGAGUUCUGGCCAUUUGGAAACAGCCAGUUGAGUUGGAUUGAUGGAUGUUUCGAUUGAUUUACUGCUAGGUUGCAUAAGUUGAUGAACCCAGUUGUCUUCGCUGACAACGGCUCAUGGAAAGUGUGUAUGAACACACUGGUUGGACAAAUUGAUAGAAUGUUCGCAUUUGUGGAAACCCAAACCUAGACAACCCCAUGCAGAAAGCUUACUUUUCCACCCUUCUUGCCCUUGGUCCUCGAUUUCUUCCUCUUUUUUAUAUAUUGCUACUUGUACUCAUUCGUGUUUAAAAUCUCUGUACUUUCUUCCAUUCUUAAAUCCGCUCAAAAAUAGGUGCGUGUGACCUGCAAUAGUUUGCAAAACAGUCCUCUUUUCUCACAAUCGGUUUUAAAAGGUGCGAAGUACAGGCGAAGACUGUGUAAAAUUAACCGCGUAUUUUUGGCGUCUCUCCCUAGUCUAAUUCGUUUUUUGGCCUCACUCCAGACCUUUCCAUUGACCGUUCGCGCACACCGUCAGUUACCAAGUAACGAAACAAGACGAAAACACUCAAAGGUGAUAAUGGAUAAAACUGACAGGCUUAAUUUCCUUGGCGACAAGUAGUUCCUAGUACAUGGGCGGUGUACACAAAGAAGUCAAAAUGUGGUCACAACAAAAUUUAAUUCCCGUAUCCCGCUACUUUUCCCUUACGAUUCCCGCAUCCCAACCCAAUGAAAAUAGGAAACCCCGCUCCCUCUCAUUAUCAAAAUUCCCGCUUCCAGCUCCUUUUUUAGCUCGCAUCUCGAGUAUCACCACCAAAAACAGCCAAAUCCCGCAUUCCGCCAAACUUGUGGACCCUUUCUGCUAGGGGUAGACCUCUAGGAAAGUAGACGCCCCCUUUCAGCUCCCUCAUAAGCAAAGUGGGCAGCAAAACAGAUCAAGACGGAAAUUUACCGCAGCAAAGCCCUUUGAUGUUCAACAACAAUAAAAAUGUACAGAUUAUAGCCUCCGCUUAUUGGAAGUUUAUCAUUCUGUAACUUUCAAACAUUAAGGGACUGUUCUUCUGUAAUAAAUAGCCUGUCACGACGCUGUAUGUUCAUGGCCAUCUUAAUUGGCCUGCAUUUCUACAUUUGGCAAAUUGACGGUGAAGCUGGCAAAAAGAGACCAGUUUCAAUAUAUCAAAAGUCAAACUUUGGGGGAAUAAAAUAAAAUAAAUGUAUUAUUCAUUGUUGUGCCUCAAGUAUGAAUUUGAACAUAUCAAAAUUGUUCUACAGUAUUUAACAUUUUCUUAUUUCCAAACCACUUUCAGUGAAAGAGGUCAAAAAGCUUUUAAGAAAGGUUACUAUAAGAAAAUCACAAUCAAUUGCAAAAGCGGUCAGCUGGCAAUGUUUGCUUGCCCUUUAAGGUUACGUUAACACGGUACCGGUCGAAUUUUCAACCGGAACCGUUCUAUAUUUUUGCGCUGUUCACACGGAACUGUCGAGCUGUAAUAUUUCCAAGCAAAGUGAGUAAUAACAUGACUCGUAAAUCCACGUUCGCUGGUUCCUGUUUUGGUAUAUACUUCAUGGUGGAAAUUAAGCCACAACUGGACCAGUAAUAUACACUCUGUGUAAUAUGUAGUAUUGUGUCUUCUCACUGAUAGUCAGUAGUAGUAACUAGUAGUUACCUGUAGUUACUAGUAGUUAUUAAUAGUUACUAAUAGUUACUGGUAGUUGCUAGUAGUUAUAUUAGUAGUAGUUACUUCUAGUUACUGGUAGUUGCUAGUAGUUAUUGGUAGUUGCUAGUAGUUACUAGUAGUUACUUGCAGUUACUAGUAGUUACUGGUAGUUACGAGUAGUUAAAGGUAGUUGCUAGUAGUUACUGGUAGUUAGUUGUACGUAGUUACUAGUAGUUACUGGUAGUUAUUAGUAGUUAAAGGUAUUUACUAGAAUUUACUUGUAGUUACUAGUAGUUACUGGUAGUUACUAGAACUUACUAGUAAAUGCUAUUAGUUACCUAUUUUCCUCUCUUUUUCCAGCUGAGUAACCACGCAUCCAUGCAGCCACGCCUUUGCCAUGCAAAAAUUUUGCCGGUCACGGUAAUAUUUUGUAUUCAAAACAGUAGCAAACAGGUAACCAAUGUAGCUCGCGAAGCAGAGGCGUGAUAGGGCACGCUUUCGGGCGCAGUAAAUUAAGCGAGCACUACCAUUUAGAGAACAAAUCUUGUGUAUAAAUAGUAAACAAAAGCGGUCGGACACAAGAACCUUGAGGGACACCCCAUUUUAAGUCAAACGGCUGCGAGAGCGUCUCCUUUAUGCAGAUUCUUUAAGAUCUCCCUUCCAAGUACGAUUUGAACCAGGAAAGAGCAGUACCACAGACACCUAGUAUCAUUUGAAUCCCAUGCUCAACGGUGUCGAAGGCGGCACUUAAAUCCAGCAGUAGUAAGAGAGAUAUAUUGUCCUUGUCCACAUUCAUUAGUAGAUCAUUCGUUACCUUGAACAAUGCAGUCUCCGGACUGUGAUAGGAGCGAUAAGCAGAUUGCAAUUGAGGGAAUAGAUUAUUUGUAAUCAUGUCACAAACUGCAAGUUGCUUAUUAGACGAAAAUUCUUGAACAGUAGAUCGAGGCAGGGCUUUUUUAAUGAUGGGUAUACCACAGCAGUUUUCCAGGUUUCAGCAAAAUACCCAGUCUGCAAGGAGGAUCUGAGAUCUGAGAGGCCAACACACGCUCUGUCAAUUUAGACACAAACUGCAAGUUGCUUAUUAGACGGAAACUCUUGAACAGUAGAUCGAGGCCGGGCUUUUUUAAUGAUGGGUUCCAGGUUUCAUCAAAAUGUCCAGUCUGCAAGGAGAGGUUGACCAUAUUAGUGAUGGCGGGAAGGAGUGAGUCUUAACAUGAAGAUGCAAGAUUUGUUCUUUCCAGGUGUAAUCAUAUGACGAACUAUCUCAGUCAGGCUUGGCACUGGAAGUGGGAAAAUACAAUAUCACCAGAUUCAGAUUCCAGGUUGGGCUCGGGCGUUGACUGCAAGAAUGCCGUUCAGCUUUGACCUGAUACUGGUAAUCCUGGCAAUAAAAAAACUGACCCAUAUUGUUUGCAAGAAGUGAAAAAGAAUGUGUGGAAGAGAUCGAUCUUUCUUCAUAUUCAAUAAACUCUUACUUGCCGCGAAAAGCCUCCUCUGGUCUGUGCUGUUAUCUUCGAUAAACUGAUUAUAGUAAACACGGCGUGCCUCAUUCACCAAAUUCACCACACGAUUUCUUUCCUUCUUAAAAGCGACAAGAUCAACAGGUUGUCUUGUAGCUCUCCACGUCUUUUCAGCAUUUCGUCUCAAGCGUCUGGCAUUCCUAAUAUCUUCAUUGAACCACGCAGCAAGAGGCCUGACAUUAAUGUCACGAGUUAAGACAGGUGCAUACAUAUCCAGUUGAGAUCGUAACGACUCAUUAUAACAGCUGACUAGAGAGUCUAAGGCGUUAGGUGGAUCAUGAUUAAGCUGAGAAGAAGGAAUGGCCUCAGAAAAUUGGAUGGGGUUAAUUGAUUUCAUUUUCCUGAACUGCACAUGCGUGACAUUAGCUUGAGGUCUAUCAGAUCUUAUUUGACAGAAGACUAGAAAAUGGUCGGAGAAUAACUCACAGCAAUGAAUGUUAUCAGAUGUACGAGUGAUAAUCAAGUCAAGUGUAUGACCAAGUUCAUGCGUAGUAGACAAACAUGCCGAGUGAGACCCAUCGACUCCAUUAUAUCCGACCGGUAGGUCGACCAUACGGAUGUUAAAAUCGCCCAAAAUUAUCAAGGGCUCUCUUGACAUGACCAGAGACUCGAGGUAAAAUCAGUAAAGGGCUCACUGAAAAAUGUGAAUGUGGUCACAGGAUGUUUAGCAGAAUAUGGAGGCCUGUAAAAUGUAACGAGUCGUAAACGAGAAGUAGUUCCUAGGAAACUUAGUCCGUUUAUAAGUUUACUAGGAAACUUAUUCCCACCAUGUUUUUACAUCAACAGUUCUUUACAUUGAUGAUUCUUUGUAUCCCUCAGUGACCAGGGAGGCUCUUACAAUUUUGCUCUCUCACAGGUGUUCCCAUACUCUGGAUAGUGUUGGGAGUUUCCGUGGCUCUUUCUGCUUUGGUGGUGGGAAUAAUUGUGUACCGUAAGAGAGCAAAGAGGAAUGAACGGUAUUUCAUAUUUCUAUAGGAAUGAUUAAGAUGUAUUAUGAUAAUGAUAUGCAUGCGGAAAUAGACGAUAUUUUUCCUGUGUAAGUGUCUGUCUUGAAGUGUCCGUCUCACUCAGUCAAUUCGCGCUGGUGAGUGACCUUCCUUACACACCAAGGCGAUGUAACUUUUAUCACCUUGUAUGAACUAGGAAGCCAUCUCUGAUUUUAGCAUUACCACAAGCCCAUGAUUAAUGACGCCGAAUUUUAUUAUCAUUUAAUUUGCACUAUUGUCUUUAGGUCCAGUGAGUCUGACAUUGCUGAGUUUAUGUUGCUGGAAGUCUCACACGAACGGGUUACUAUCAUGGAGGAACUGGGACGAGGCGCUUUUGGAAGAGUUUAUAGGAGCGUAAUGAGGGGGUUACCUGAAAAGAAAACAUCCUCCAAACCCAAGGAUCACGCUUUGGAUUCGCAUGAGGGACGUAUUGUUGCUACAAAAGUUCUACCAGGUGCGUGAAUUCAGAAUGUGGCAAAAAGAUGACUUACUCUUUCAGCAAACGAUAUUCAAGGGAGUGAUUCUUAUUAAUAACAGGCAAGGGAGCCUCUCUUGUAACAGCGGGUUUGAAUUAUUUAAUCCAAUAGAUAGCAAACAUUAUAUCGUAGAAAACAGCAUCUCAAUGCCCCAGUCGGUAACAGUGUGAUGUACCUCAGGGGCCCAUUUUAGAUCCUUAAAUUUUGUUUUCUACUUAUAUUAAUAACCUCCCUGAAUGUUUGAAAUUUACCACACGUUUUGCAAUGAAUAAAUUAAUGUAGACAUAAAAACCUUCAGUGAGAUCAGAACAUUGAUAAGGUGUGCUCCAAGGUUAGUCGUGUUACAAGUGGUCUUAGACAGGUUCGAAAACGGAGCGGGCACCUUUUAACAAAACCACGCAGAUAUAAAAAAUGCAAAACAGAGCAGGCUGCAUGAUCACUUCUCAGAGGUGUGACAUGACAACAUAUUAUCUCUUUAAACCAAUUCAAGAUGUCAGUGCAUGCCUUCGUAACGUGUAGAUCGGUCGUUCUCUUAAGUGAUUUUUCGAAAUAUGUUAUUCACAUGUUUCAGUCACUUGAGAACUUUAUCUGAUCGUAUGUGGUUGUAAAUAUGACCACAUUACUACAGCUUUACUUAGAGAACUACAUUGGCUUCCCUUGGAGCAUGAGUAGCGGAUUUUAAAUUAUUUAUGUCUGAGCUAUAAUCAUCAUUUGUUUCAAACUCCUAACAUGUCUGUUAGGAGUUCACGAUCAUCAACCAUGAACUUGUUAAUUAGUGACACCCAGAUCGAGGCUAAAACUUUUAGCGGACGAUCAUGCUUUUUCGUUUUGAGCCCCUAAACUUUGGAAUGAUUCUACAGAGCACAUACAGUAUAAAAUGGAGUUUGAAUAUUCGUUCCUCUGAGAGCAAUCUUAGUAAAAGCUAUAAAAACCUCUAAGCGUUAUUUUUAUUUCGUGGUUUUGUUUAACAAUUUUUUUUUAUUUUUUAAUGUUACGAGUUACUGCUUUCUAGUCGUCUAAGUUGAAAACAUUUAUUGUAAAGCGCCUUGGAGCUUGAUGAUGAUAAUGAUGAUGAUGACAGUGAGCCGAAAACCCUUCAUGAAACCCAUCUACAAAAGCAUACUAGGAUGUCCCUGUCUAUGCAGAGUCAGUGGAAGUGAGCCAAUUGGAUAGAUACGUUAGGAUUACAAAAUUAAUGUACACUCAAGGAACUCAAGGAAAGUCAUAUUAUUGGAGAUGAAGAGCCCCUGGGUCGAGAAUAGGGAAGCAAUUAAAGAACACAAAACGUGGCGUCUAGAAUUAAAGAAACAAGUUUCCGGACUAAAAGAUCAUCCAGCAUUACAUCAUGUUACAUGUCGUGCUUGGUGAUCGCUAGAUAAAGAGAACUAACGGUUUUUCUUUGAGACUUUGUUUUAUCUACGUCACUUAACUUAGGGAACCAAUUAUUUAACAAAUAGAUUUUUUCUCAAGCAGAAAUUAGGACCUGAGCCAUUGACUGUGUUUUAUUUUCAUAGGUUAAGUGUACUUUCAUUUUAAUUAGUUCUUUUUAUCUUUACAUCUGGGUUUAGUUGUUUAGUACUAACUGAUAUCGUGUAGCAUUUACGUAGGUCACGGUUACUGGAUUUUUUUCAAUGUCUUUCUUUUUCUUCAGAAAAUGCCACGGAGGAGGAAAAACGGCAGUUAGUUCGGGAAAUUGAGCUGAUGAAGGAAGUCGGAACACACCGUAAUAUUGUGAGCAUGCUCGGGUACUGGAUCCAAUCACAUCCCAUCAUGUUAAUCAUGGAAUAUGUUCCAAACGGAGAUCUUCUUCAGUGGCUCAGAAACAAAAGGCAACAGGUAUCAUUACUUUAUCAGCUUUUUUGCCCUUGGUUGAAAAAAUACCUGCUCUCCAUUCGAAAUAGUGCUGCGUACAGGUAUUAUUUAUAGAACUCAAACUCAGACAAACAAAUUCCUUAUUUCUGUUUGUUUUUUUGCCAUUAAAAUGUCAAGUUUCUCUGACUUUUGUCAUAAAAAAAAAAACAAAAAUGGCAGAUUUCAGAAAAACAUUGUAAAGUAGUCACUCUGACGUCAUUAGUAUUCUGUGCUGCACUUUAAUUUUCUAAUGAUCCUGCUGCGUGUGUUUUUUUCUUACAUUGUGUGGUCUCUUAAGGAGCUUUAAGGCAGAAGGAAAAUCCUCUAUCUCAUCACACGUCUAAGAACCAUCGUCUUCGUUAAAAAUAAUAAGAUGCUAACCAACUUGAUAUGAGAAUUUGUACAUGUUACCUAUAAUUUAAGUUCUCAAAGACAGAGGUUCACUUAAAAAUGUAGGUAUAAAUGCAACCGGACAUUUGUAUUUUCCCAAACGCGGUUUAUACAGCCAGAGUGUUUAGAUGCUAUUCAUGUAUUCGUUAAACAAAGAUCGGUAAAUACACAAAAAUAUGUGUUCAUAGAGUCAGUAAAGUUAAGCUUGCCCCGGUAGGAUCAGUUAAGGUUUCCGGGAAACUAAGCCACAUUUUGCCUAAGUGAGAAGGUAGUGUUGAUGUUGUCUUUGGGGAGGGGUAGGUUGUGAGAAAAGAAAAAAAACUUGAAGUUUUGAGCGUCUCCCCCAGGGGGUUAUCCCACCCGAUAGGAUGAGGAUCUCCAUCCUUAAAUAUGGUAUCCUUGUUGCCCUUAUUGGCGCAGUGUUGCCGAUAGGGUACCGUUAUUCUAUCAGGUAAAAUUCACAUGCGUUAAUGCCCAACACACGAGAAACAAAUCAUAGAUCUGUUAGAACUGAACUUUACCCUUGAGCUGAUUAGGAGCGCGAUUUAAGGAAGUUUUUUCUGAUUCCAUUAAUUCUUAGGUUUUGUUUUUCUUAAACUGGGCCUCAUUUUCCACGUUUGGGUCUUGAAUAGGAUAUUGAUUUUCGCUUGUCUCAACUAUUCGAAAUUUUUUAGAGUACCCCCACACACGUGGGCGUUAACCUUUUCUGGUCAGAAUGAAUCACGGGAUUACUAAUAGUGGAGCUACGCUAUUGUUUGAGCAUGGUAACAAGACAAGAAUAGUUUACUUCAACGAACGCGUUUCAUUCUGGUAAUUUACUUAUUUUUUUAACAUUUUCCCAUGUAUUCACCGUAGUUGAGCUCCGACAUUUGAUAAACCGUUCUUGAUUCGAGCUGACAAAGGGCUUCCACUCAAAAUGCCCGUCAGCUUUUCGAUCCACGGUCUUUCAUUGGUGGCAAGAUGAGUUAUUCAAAUCAGUUGAUAACAUCAGAGUUUUUCUUUUUACCCUCCGACCGACGUAGUAGAAAAGUGUCUUUAAAAAAAACCAUCAAAAUAUUUUGGUGGAGAUAAUGAUUGUCCUUCCCGUAAGCCCUGUACGAGAUAUGACGUCACAAGUGGCAUUAGGUCAAACCUAAUAUCAAGAAGCACACGUCUCGUUUUUGGGACUGUGUAUCUUAAAAUGUCAUAGAAAAUUGUAACAAAGCAGAAGAAAAGCUUUGUUUCUAUUGCAGUUUAAUCCAUUUGAAUUUUCCGUGGACGAUUUAAAGAAAGUUGGCCCAUAAGGUAUUCCCGGCUGGAUUUUUAGUUUAACGUCGGUUAAGUAAUCUUUCAAUUCACAUGGAUUCCUUUUAAAUGGGUAAAAAUAUUUCGGCUAACCAACUGAUAGUGUUGAAAUUGUUUCUGCUGACAAAACCGUUUCGUGAUCAGACGGAAUUCAUUUCAAUAUUUUUUUGCAGCUUACAAUGAUAACGAGUCGCCAAAGUGAUGUCGUUGAAAGGCUUAAGCCUCCUGUUCCUGAGAGGCCGAAAUUGGUGUCCAGGAACCUGCAAACAAAAGAUGUCCCGGAUGAAAACCUGAAAGAGGAGAACAGGGGAAAAAAGAAUGAAGAAAGUGGAAAAGACGGUGGUUAUCAUUCCAACGGGGCGAAGGAAAUUAAAAUCGACCUGGACGACGUUGAAAGAGAAAUUUCAAUCAACGAUGCUCCUCGACCUGAGAUGGAACCUUCUUGCUUAAGCCCGGGUUACGAAGAUGACAAGGAGGAAGAAGAAAGUGACGAUGUCAACACGUCAUUUCAACAAAAUGAAGGGCGAAAGGAGUCGGUUACGUCGGUGAUGGUGUUACCUUCGAUCAGUAUUGCCCAUUUCUCCAAAGAAAAAGAGCUUACUCCCGCUGAGCCUUUAAGAAACGUCGAAGAAAAGAUUACCAUCGAGAAAGAAGAAGGCAGCUGUGAGGGCAAGGAAGAUGAUGAAGAAGACAUUUCUGGGAAAGAAGUUCUAUGUUAUGCGUGGCAGAUUGCUAAAGGGAUGGUAAGAACUUUUUCGACUGAAGAAAAAGUACUUUACUACUAGUUUUUCUGUGUCUGCAAGUAUUAUGCUAUCCGGUCAUGAGACGGCAGAUUUUUCAAGCAUUCAAAUUGCUGCGUUAAUUAUAACAGACCAUCAGUAGGGCUAACUACUAUCUUGCUGAAUUUUUCGUGAAACAUAGCACACAUAAAAUUGAACCGUUUGAUUUUAAAAAAAGGUUAAAAACGAGGUUUUUUUUAAUAGCCCGAGAAGCCUAAAAAUCACGUGGAGCCGUCGUGAAGGUACCUAUUGAAAAAUCAGGUCUGUUCGUAUUUUCGAAAAGGAGUCCAAUGAAUACAGCCGUAUGACCUGAAUAAGGCUAAGCUAUCAGUUAUUUAAUUUGAAUAGUGCAAGCCUGACUUUCAGGGACGUUGCCAGCUUUUUGGCUAGUUGUAGGCCUGGCUGACUUUCAUUUCCACAUAUCAUGAAAAUUGUACGCAUGACCAGUACGCACUGACCUCACCAACAAUUUGAGCUCUUGUGCUUUUUCAGCUGACUCCAACAACGCAUAAUUUGUUACAAGCCGUAGAAUGAUCAAAUCAAAAAUUUGAAGGCCGGGGCCUACAGGGCUGUGCGCUGGCUACGCCCCUGAGAAAAGAAGGGAAGUAGAGGAGAGAAAAAGUAAUGAUUAAAUUUGUUUUCGGGACUGGAAGACUGAGCAGCAAGGACUUUCUAGUUAAGAGCAGUUGUCUGUAAGAUUCGAGCUAUAUUGAAAAGUCGCUGCCACACUAUCUCACCGAAUUGGCUGAAAAUUGGCAAGUAGACUUGAUUUGAGGUCUUUAAUAAGGAAUAGGUAACUUUAGGUUCUAAUUCUUCCUAUUUCGGAAAUUAUCGACAUGGCCGGUUUAAGGGUGCCUCGGACCGGCGCCAUAUUGGUUAAUAGAAGCUGCUUUUGAGCCUUCAACUACAACCCUGUCUUCAAAGCUAAUCUUCCUUUGCCGAUACACAUUGAAAGAACUAUCCCUCUUUAUUGUAUUUUUAGAAACUACUUCGAAAUUGAUAACGUUUUUCCAACGAUCGAUUAAACUUUUGGUGGGUAUACUUUUUGAAUUUUUUACACCCGCAAAAUUAACAAAAUUUUAAAGGCAUAUAUCUCUUUUGCCACAUCGCAUUGAAGCUUGCCACUCUGCCUGAAUACUCAUUGUUUGUAGUUAAAUCGAGUUCGUUAAUAAAAAAAUUGGGCAAAUUUAACGGAGCAGAAACAAAAGUAAUGAAUGGAAGACUGUUCUAGCGACUUUGUCAAUAAUCUUUACACCGAAUACUCGCCAAGUGUUGCCAAAAUUACAAUCGAUAAUAGAGUUUCUGUCAUUAAAUCUGAGUGAUCUGUGUAAUAAAAUUAGCCUCUGUAAUAUAAUCGAUAACUCUGCUGCGAAAAACAGUAUAAAAAGGCAGAUUGUAUAAGGAAAAGGAAAAUGAAGUUGUUAUGUUUAUGCUCUGACGCGUAAACAAAAUUCAACCAUCACAGUCGAACUGGAAUUUUCCUGAUUUUCCUCCAGUUCCUUUAUCGAAACCAGAGCUUUUAAAAUUAACCAUAGUAAUACUAAUUGAGAUGUAUUACCUUACUCGACGAUGAAGAUGCCAGUUUUCACCUUGAUCGAAAAAAGGUAAUAUCAUUGUGUAAUAUUUUCCCACGCAUAUCGCGGGUCGUCACGUUCCUUGCAUGCUGUUACAACUCACGUGAAACCGCCUGGUUUCGAACAACUGAACUGAAGAAUCCUUGAAAAUCUUAGCCAGGCAAUAAAUAAUGGAAGUCGAUAUAAGUUAUCAUUAUUAGUGAGCGAGGAUGCGAUGGUAGUUCCAGCUACAUGUAUUUACAGCGUUUGAAGAUUCACUCAAAACUCAUGAGACAUGAGCCCUUGAAAUAAACAUCAUUAUUUCCGGUUUUAAAAAUUGGGCGUUGGUAAAGUAAUGAAUAGACUCAUUCUACCUUGUACACCAUUAACAACGGCUCCGUGCACAAUUUUCACGUAUUUUGUCUCAAUCACGAAGCCCGUUUUGACCAGAUUCUUGAUAAACAGAAACUUGGUUUGGAAGGGGUUAAGGAGAAUGAGGGAUGAGCCCAGGACAACAAAAACCACAGUCACCCCACCGAAGGGCUUUAAAACUAUGCGCAAAUGUCUCACCCUAGGGACAAUUCCAGAUGUUCGUUUCCUUGAAAAAGCUUAAAAUCGCCAGACAAUGCACGGACAACUCAAGACAUUCCUAAUUCAAAAUAAAGUAAACAGCAAAUAAAAUUCAAUUAGCGACCAGAGUGUCCAAUAUCGCGAACAGUAAGGAGUGAUUGAAGAUGUGUGUGCAGUUUAAUGUAAAAUCAUUUACCAUGCUCACGGACCUUUCGACAACAUAAGUGUACCGAUUGACGUAAACGCUUUUUACUGUAGGACGAUGACGUCAUCAUACAAAAGGCGUCUUCACUCUGGCAUCCUGAAUUUCAAACCCUCAAAACCUAAUUUUCCCUGCUCUUCAACUCAAAAAAGCCUCUGAGGACAAGUAGUGGUAAUGUGCUUGUUAGUAAGACGUUCAACAUAAGGAGACAUUCAUAAUCAACUUGGUUAAUGCAUUGAUAAAGGGAAACUUUCUCCUUUACCCUUAGGGACAGAGUUAAAAAGGGGAAAAGAUAUUUAGUUCAGCUCUAGCAUGUGUUGUCUAGCGAUUUGCCGUGAGCUUCUCUAAAUUUUCCAGAUCAAACAAGCUGUACAUGUGCCCAUCGUACAUAAUCUUGUCUGGGCUCCCUUGAAAAAUUGCACUUCAUCAGAAGCCUUCGAGCUCAUCCUCCGCCGCGACAACUUCAUGAUCUAUUUUAAUGGGUGGUUUUCUGGAACUAUCCUAUGGCUUGUCCUUUCUGGUCGUCACUAUAUUAGCGAGCACGUUUCAAUUUCUCUCCUGCAAAAGUCUCCAUCAGGAGCGUAGCCAGGAUUUUCCAGGUGUGCGCACAAUUUUCAAAACUUACCUUAACAUCUUACUCAGUUCUCUCGCAACGUUUCCCCGUUACAUUUGCUACUUCUGUUAACAAGGUGAGGUUAUGUGUGGAUGAAAUGGCACUUGCAAUCGGUGAGAAAAUUACCGGUAGGUUAGACACUUUACCCUCAAGGACGACUCUCACGUUUUGCUGACACUUUCUACCUUAGAAGAGAAAAGUGAAGCUUUACUUUCCCCACUCCGUGUAAAAAAUGUCGUUUGGCUGUUCAAACUACUUUUAGAAAACAACAAACUUCCCAAUUUUAGUUUUUAAUAACGGUAUAAGGGUAGGAAACCAAAUUGUUUUCAAAUGUUCUUCAAAAUGUACGCCAUGCAAAUGGAGUAUUUCACUGAUUUUAACACGAUGAUUGUGAAGUAGUGUCUAGUGAGUACGGGGGCUAAUGCCCUAUCGUAAAAAUCUGAAAUUGAAAACAAAAAUCUUGUAUAACCGAGUAGUACACAUUUUUAGUUAUUUUAUUGAGUUGUGAAUAAUCACAAAUUUGUUUCUUCUUGAAUGUGUUAUACUCUCAUCCAUUGAGUGUUUUCAGUCUUUCCGAUAUGCAGGGUAGUCGGAUAGCGGAAGUUAACGUAAAUGAUCGAUUACCUGAAAAGAAGCUACGAUCUUAACUUUCCACCUUCGGGUCUUUUCCCUAGCCAUAAUUUUUUCCCUCAAGGAAUUUUUCUCUGUUUUAUAUAAUAAUUGGUCUUGCAAGCUUAUCGAUUUUGAGAGCCUAGUCCUGUGCCGUAUUCUGAUGCGAUCUACUUUAUGUGGCUUUCCCCCCAUCUAACAGCUCCUUACUGAACAAAAACGGUUUUAAUUGAGCCUAUUCAAAGAACCAGCCAAUAUUUUUCCAGCGGUAAGCACGAUGUUCCUAAUUCCCCCUAGUCCCCGUCUCAGACGCUUUCAUGUGCACUGGUUAAAUUUUCUUUUCAUAAGCUAUAAUGCUCAUAGUCGCGCAUGCUGAUGUCUUUUAUGCUUAAAAAAUUAAAAAUUAGUUUAUCGAAGAAAGAGUGAAUUAAAAGUGUCAUGAGGCGUUUGCGAUUUUAUGAAGUAUUUGACGCGGUCCUUUUCUUACAGCUUAUGUCCGUUGGUGAAAUUGCUACUUCGGUUUUCUUGGAUUGAAAAGGGCGGGCUCUUUCUAAACGUGGCGUUGUUUAUGGGACCUUAGUAUUCAUGCAGAACGGAAUCAGUGGCUUUUAUGUGGUAAGUUAGAGUGAUUAACCUUGCCUCGAUAUGGUCAUAUUUUUGUACAUACCUUCAUGCAAUUCAGUGUUGGUCUGAAAAUUUUUUGUUAUGGAUGGGGGAAGUGGCGGUGGGGGGAGGGGGGAGAGAUCAGUACAUGUACCUCGUGUUGUUUACGAGACAUUAAAGUAAUGAAAAUUCUACAAGUCAAAAUAGUUGCAAAUGCUUAUGGGAAGCCCUAACUAUAUGAUAAUUAGAAGGGAAAUAUUUGGAAAGGUGCAUGGUCGUGGAGUUAAGGAGAUUUGACUAAUUAGCCAAUUUCCCGCCAAACAUAAGGGUGUGGCCAGUGGCCCCAAAAUUGUGUUCGCUGCCUCCGGGCUGGCUCGACUUUUGGGAUACUGUUAUGGAGUUAUAAACAAUGAGUUCAUCAUCUACAUAGCUAUCGCCUACUCGCCCCAAAGUGACUGCGUUUCGCUUUUCAGAGACCCAUCAGUUACUGUAUGACCCUAUGUCCGUGAUGUAAUACUGGUGGUGAGGUCAGUCCACAAGCAGAGUCGUGAAAAACACCGACACUUGAGCUUUUAUGUUCAAAACAUUCCUGGCUAUCGGAAAAAAAAGAAGGAGCUUUUAAAAUGCUAAAAUAAAAUGUCAUUUCAAAUUUCACUUUGUCACCGUUCGAAAAUUAUUGUGAAUUAGACCGAAUGAAAGUUCACUCAAAGAGGGGGAGGGAGGAGGGUUGGUAGUUCUUAACAGUUCCAGUUUGCUAGAAAAUAAAAAGUUACGAAAAAAUACUGGGCGAACUGCAGAAUACAUGCAAGAAUGAGAAGGAAAAUAGAAAACAACUUCCUGUUCAAAUUCGGGUGAAACGUUUAAUGAUCUUUAAUAGCGUCAAGAAGACUGAACUUCAUUGAGGUUGUUCAUUUCAGUUCCGUUCCAGCGUGCAGUUCCUGGUCCUCCUAAAAAUAGCUUCGUCUCCCACCGAUCAUUCCAUGUCAUAUUUUUCGGACUUAUUAUUCAGUAAUGACGGUACGAUCAGGUAAUUUGACUUGAUGAGUUCUUUAAUUUCAUUUCAUGUACUAGUUUUAUAUCUUACGCUGGAAAGAUCUGCCAAACAGUGUACAUUAGCAAAGGUAGGUUCCUGUUUACACGUGUAAUUAUCGAAUACCAUAUAAUUUGCAUAAAGCUGCAGUGCACGGUUUGUUUUUCUAGCCUUUUGAUAAAAAUUGACAACGUUUGCGUUAUCUUUGCCUAAGAAAAUAUGUAAUUUGUAGCUGUAUACAGCGAAAUACUACAGAGAAAAUUGUAAAUGUGCAGUACACGGGCGGCUCCCUAUUGGUCUGGCAAAUCGAAGAGCGAACUUGAGCUAGUACCGUCUGUAACAAAAUUUAUAAUUUUCAUUUUAGCGCAUAUUUCAAGCUCUUCGCAAGAUCAGAAUCCAAAGAUCAUCUUUUUACAUUACAAGGGAGGGUUUUUUAAGCGAUAGAUAGGCUUUAAGAGGCACGAUCAAUUUUUAAAGAAUUUUCUUUUCAAAUAUUCACCGAAUUUUGUUUGGGAGUUUUAACGGCCAAGUGGCUGAUCCAUUGCGCAUUCAUGCAAUUAUAUUUCUGCUCCGUUGCAUUUGCCCAAUUAUUUUAUUCAACAAUCUAACUUAGGUAUAAACAAACUAUGUUUAGUUAAAAUGGCUUAGUCUAAAUCGAUGUGGCAAGGGUGAUAUUGGCCUUCCAAUUUCUACCAAAUUUGUGUACUUUUUAAGUACCGAACAAGUGCUGUGAGAAGUUAUAGCCGUUCGUAGCUCAGGCUUAACCAUUUUCAGAUAAGAGUGGGUAAAUGAAAGGAGGAAGGAUAGUUCUUUGCAACUGUAUGAGUCACAAUAAAGUUAUUUCAAUGAUAAGGCUAGGAUUAAUUACUGUAAAUCUCCUUCAGUUCACCAACAUGGCGGCCCCUCGAGGCCCCGCCAAAACUGUCAUUCCUGUAUCUUUGAAACCAAAGAGAAUUCGAACCUUAGAAUAUGCAUUCAGUAUUUAGGACACCAUUCUAAGACUACAUGCCGAAAAUCAGCCAAAUCGAUGAGGUACCGUGUCAGGCCGAAGUUCGAAUUUUACAGAAAAUCACUCUUAAAUACUCCCGUAAUCUGAAUCUUGGAAAGCACAAUAAACGGUCUGCAAGUGGAACUGAUGAUUGAAGCUAAGGGAUUGCUUUUUGUAAACGGCAACCAUGAUGGUAUUUGCUAACUAUUGUAAGCUCAAUUGAUAUACGGUAAAAUUCCGAAAAUAAGCCCCGGGGCUUAUAUUUUUCAAAGGCCUUUUUGAGGGGCUUAUUUUUGGAGGGGCUCAUCUAUGGAGGGAAAUUUGUGUUUCAAAAUCGAUUGGGCUAGCCUUAUAGUUGGAAGGAAAUUUCCAAGUACAAGCUUCUCGCGGGGCUUAUAUAUGGAGGGGCGAUUUAACGGAGGGUUUUUUGGGUUACGAGUUUGGGGGGCUUGUACAUGGAGGGGCUUAUUUUCGGAAUUUUACGGUAUCUUCUGGCUCAGCUGUAUAUUUGGCUUUUGGGUUUAGCGAAUAACACCCUCCCGGUGAUCCGCAUAACUCUGCCUCAUCCAAUAAUUGCUGUUUAUUCAUUGGUAUGAAUGAACCUUUUUUAACGAAAAAAUCUAAUUUCUAAAUGAAUAAUCUUCACUGAGGGUAUGCCAUUUUGGGUGACUUCGAAAUAGAAAUCAGCAGUAUAGUAACAACCAAUAGUUUUUUUUUUCUUUUUCGGGCGUGGCAGUCUAAGAAGGGCUUUAUUCCACUCACCUUAAGUCUCCCUGAAAAACAGCAUCUAAUUAAGUGUCAACAGGUGUCAACGGGUUUUCUUCCGCAGUUGAAAUCUUAACUGAAAACCUUAUUUUUCAGCCAAUAUUCAUCCCUUCGAGUUAUCGAGGGUAAAAUUGCAUGAAAGUGAUCUGAAGGGAAACAAAAAUUACUUCGAGUUAGCGGGAGUUUCGAGUUAUCGAGGGUUCGAGUUACCGAGGAUAAAUUACAGUAAAGGAAAUCAGGGGAAAUGGAUUCUGGUUCGAGGUAGCACAAGGUUCGAGUUAGCGAGGGUUCGAGCUGGAGUCGACUGUAGUUCACUUAGCUUGUUCAAAUUUGACGGCUUUUUGUGCUGAAAAGUAUACGUCGCGGGGAUUUCUUGGCCAAUUCCUUAAUUUGUUUCUUGUUUUCCAACAGCUGUGACGGAAAUCCUCCCUCCAUUCUUCAUGAAUAGACCGACGAUCACUUCCUCCCGCUUUCCAGACCGUUUGCCAGGCACAGCGUGCAGUAGCCUGUUCCAGGCUCUCGAUAGUAGGGGUGGCACCGGCAAAAAUAAGGCAAAAAAGCGUAAGGCACCGGCAAAAAUAUAAAAGCGUGAUCUAGGAAAAAGGGGCGGUGGCGGGCUAUCUUUGAGCCUGGAACAGACGUUCCAUUGCACUUGGUUGCUUUCCCGCCAAAUCGUUAAAUCGGGAGUUCGUUUACAACGAUAUCCCGAUUAAACUGGUAUCCCCCUGCCAUAUCGUAAAAUCGAGCUUCCAUUUUAAUUUCAUAUUGGAAAUGUUUUUUUCAUCUAAAGGUAUCUGGUAACUAAAAAUUCUUUGAGAUCGUUAUUUCUCUGACAGGAAUACUUGGCCAGCAAAGGAUUCAUUCAUCGUGACCUGGCAGCCCGUAAUAUCCUACUUGGUGAGGACAGAGCGGUGAAGAUUGCUGAUUUUGGUUUGUUACGCCACGCAAAUGAGAGUGAAAUAUACGAAGUUACGAGCGUACACAAGCUACCAAUGAAAUGGAUGGCACCUGAAGCGUUGGAAAGCGGCAUUUUUACUUUCAAGACUGACGUGUGAGUAUAUGUUAACGAGGUCACAGUUAGGCCAAGCUUAGGCUUCCUGUGAUGCAGUGUAAAGUUGAGGUUUUAGAUAACAAAGACCCUGCAAUGUACUGUUUAGAACUGUCUGAAAAGAAAGAGCACAAUUUUGAUCAUGACACUGUCUACAGUAGCGGUUAUCACUCUAUCUCUAAAGAAAUACUCAAGUGUUUGGAAAACAUUAGCCUGUUCCAGGCGUGAAUCUUGAAAAUAAGAUAUAUAAACAGAAACUUUGAGCCAAUGAAGUUAAUCAGAGACCAUCUUGAAUUCUAGAUUCCAGGCUCCACAUCCCGGAUUCCAGAUACUAGAUUCCGGAUUCCAACUCAGUGUAUUCCAGAUUUCAAAAGGCCUAGAUUCCAGAAUUUCAUAGUUAGCUGGAUUCCGGAUUCCAAAGUCCAUGACUCCAAGCAAAAAUUUCCUGGAUUACCAUCCAUGGGGCGAGAUAAACAAAAUUGAUAUUUCUAUGAAGUUAAUUCUUGCAAUUUCUUUAUCUGCUUCCUUUUAUUGCAGAUGGUCUUUUGGAGUUGUUUUGUGGGAACUAGCCACCAUGGGUAAGCUAGUUUUAUAAAAUCUUUGUAUACUGAUGCUGGUAGAAUAAUACUCUAGUCAUUUUCCUAUACCCGAGGGAAUUGAGAGGAAUCCCCAAUGACAGUAGUUAGGGAAAAGCUGACUGUUCAAUUUUCGGAUAGCAGUCACGGGAGAAUCGAACCGCUUUAUAAAAGAAGACAUUCUCGCAUAAUGUCGUGAUUGCUAAACAACUAGAAAAAAAAUAAUAGGCUAACUUCCGCCGCUCUCCUAGCCGUCUUUACCGGGGAGGAGCGCAGGCUGAUAAUAAUCCAGCCUAUAAGUCAUACCCUUAACAACAACUUGACCUGAUAUCACGUGUCACUUGGCGAAAUGAAUACUCAGUAAUGUUAAACAUGUACAUUACGUUAUUUUAAUCCCUCCUGGAGGUUGGUAAAUUGAUAAUACAUGAUGGUCAUUGAACUGAGUGGAGAGCAAUUUGGUCUGAAAUCAUACGUGUGAUUGGAGCGCGAGUUCGAUUCGAGAUCAGAAGUAUGGUUUCAGACUAAAAUUGCACGACACGAAGUAAAAUUAUCACUUUAUUACAGCCAUUUUGAAAUCGCAAAAUUCAAUCCGUACCAACAGUGAUUGGCCGUGGCACCAGACAAGUUAGCUCGUUGUCCCCCAUACUCGUUAACAUAUAUUCUGAAGCUAUGAAGAGAUGCUAGCGCCUUAAGUGGUGUGAAUGAAGGUAUUCAAGUGGGAGGUCAUCUCAUUAAGACAGUGCGCUUUGCGGAUGAUCAAGCAACCUUAGCCAAUUCAGUUAAAGGUCUGCAACUUAUGAUGGGUAAAAUGCAGGAAAGCGCGGGGGAAUAUGAUAUAAAGAUCAAUGUUAAGAAGACUAAGGUGAAGAAAAUCUGUAAGAGGCCUGGUGACGAAUUCACGAUCUUUCUUGAGGGUAAACAAUUAAGUCAACAAUCGUCGCACUUUAACUACCUUGGGAGCCUCAUUACACAGGAUGGAUCCUGUUAAAAAUAAAUUAGAUCGAGAAUAGCCCGAAAACGCGUUUACUAAGAAAAAAGAACUGCUGACAAAAGCCUUCAUCGCGCUAGCCUUUGCCUGAAGAAGAGAAUAAUAGAGACUGUCAUCUGGGGUACUCUUCUGAAUGGAGCCGAAUGAUAGACCUUAAAGAAAGAGGACGUGCGAAGGCUGGAGAGCUGUGGAAUGUGGCUUUGGAGAAAGGUUUUAAACAUAUAUUGGUCUGACAAAGUCUGUAACGAAGAAGUAUUGAGGCGUGACGGUGAGGAGAGUGCCAUCAUAUCUGUUAUCAACAGAAGACAGAGAGUCUGGCUUGGUCAAACCCUACGACAUUGUGAUCGUGUCUCAUUAGUUAUUGAGGGAAGAAUACCAGGAAAAAGACCACCUGGAAGACCUCAAGCGGAAAUGCUGGAUAGAGUGAAGGAUGGCAGCUUUUACGUAGCGGUCAAAAUGCGUGUCUUAAAUCGAGAACUAUAAGGAAGGACCUGCCUGUGGGCAGAUCAAAUAGCCUGUUGAAAAGCGGAAACAAAAGGGCUUUUUCAUCUCAUUUGUAUUCGAAACAGAAAUGAUGCGAUAUAAAGCAAGGUGCGACGGUGCGACGUGGUUUAGAACAUAAAUAACGCGAUUUAGAACAGAUGUGAUUGUGUGAUUCGUAAAUAAAUCACACUGCUGAGAGCCAAUCAGAUUGAAGGGAUCACCAGCGAUUUCAAAAUGAAAAAUUAGAAAAGCCUGAUAAUCUUUGAUAAGACAGCAUUGAUCUUUAUUUUGUUAUUUUAGGGGGUACUCCGUACCCUGGGAUAAGCCCUAUGAGGCUAUGCAGUUUACUUAAAUCUGGAUAUCGGAUGGAGAAACCCAACACGUGCAGCUAUGAAAUGUAAGUCAGAAUAGAAAUAAUAAAAGACCUCCGAACAGAGGACAUGAUGAAGAAAUACUUACAUAGUCCUUCAAACAGUUUUUUUUCCUAAAAUUGUUAGCCUUUUCCAAGGAGUGGAAACUUCAGCGCGCCUCUUUCCUUUACGUUGCCCCAUUCUAAAAAGAGCCUAUAGAACAUAAGUGUCUUCAAUAUUCAAAGUAAAUGGACACAUAUCUUUGUGUAGUGGUAUUUUUAACUAUGUUUUCCUUUCUAAACAGACACAAAUUGAUGAUGGACUGCUGGAAGGAGGAUCCAAAUGAACGACCCUCAUUCGUUGAACUAAUACCGAUACUGGAAGAGAUGAUGACAGAAGAUACCCCUUACUAUUAUUUCAGACUCCUGGAUCAGAACCAGCCAUGUUACCGUGAGGCAUCCGCUACUAACACCAGUAAAACUAGUACUCUUGAUACGAAGCUGUAA